GCUGUUUACGGCAGAUAACUGUUGCAGCUCCUGCACCCCUUCGUAGCGGUACCUUUUAUGCCUUUAUUAACAUAAAUUUGGCCUUUACCGGGACAUGGGCGUGUGGAGAAUGAGGUAGAAUAAAAUGGCCCUGCACUGUUAAGUAAUGCCAUAAAGGAAGGAGACACUGCCAAGUCUCCUCCAGCAGGAGAGAAGAGGCUUCCUCCGACAUGGCGACGGAACUCCAUGAGACUAUUUUCAUGGCCAAGCAGGAGCGCCAUAAGAACCUGUUUCUAAACUACAGAAACCUGAACAAUUUCCCCGUGGAACUGCUGAAGGAUGAAGGCCUGCAGUUUCUGGAGAGACUGUACAUGAAGAGGAACUCACUCACUACACUGCCUGAUAAUCUUGCUCAGAAGCUCCCAAAUCUGAUUGAACUGUAUUUGCACUCAAACAAUAUCGUCAUUAUUCCUCAAGCUAUAGGAAACCUAGCCAGACUGCAGUCACUGGACCUGAGCAAUAAUGCGCUCCAGCUCCUCUGUCCAGAGAUCGGCCGACUGAGGUCACUGCGGCACCUUAGACUGUCCAAUAACCAUCUGAAAUGCCUUCCUCCAGAGAUCGGGGAUCUGCAGGAGCUGGAGACUCUGGACGUGUCGAUGAACCAGCUGAUUUCUCUUCCAGAUCGGCUGCACCGCUGCGCGUCCCUGCAGAAUCUGACAGCUGAUCACAACCAGCUGAGCCACGUCCCUCGGCAGAUCUGCUGGCUCCACCGCCUCAACCAGCUCUCCAUGGCUGCUAAUCGUCUGACCUUCCUACCGCUCGAUCUGGGCAGAUCACGGGAGCUGCAGUUUGUGUUUGUGGACAAUAAUGUAGACCUAAAGGGCCUCCCGUCCUACUUAUAUAACAAGGUCAUCGGCUGCAGCGGGUGCGGUGUUUCAGCCCAGGUGUUGGAGGGAGACCUGGGUGAGGUGCUUGGUGAGGCGUUGAGCGAAGCUCUGGUCGGGCUCCCUGCUGAAGUGAAGGUUGUGGGUUCUGGGACAGAUAAUGUGGUUCCCCUGGAGGAGCUUGCCAUGAGAACCCUGCACCGCAUGUACAGCAACCACCCAACAGACCUCAACCUGCUGCCUCCCAUCACCCUCCCAAAGAGCCUGCUGGACCUGCUACAGUUCCCCCUGGGACACUGCCACCGCUGCAGUCAGGCCAUGUUCACCAUCAUCUACCCCAAACUGUUCCCUCUCAGAGAGACGGCACUGGCAGGAGUUCACCGCAGGACGACUGUCAGUUUUGUGGCCUAUUGCUGCUCCAGUCGCUGCCUCCGGACCUUUGAUCUGCAGGGAUGACGUUGAUUUCUUCUCUUUGAAAACCUUUUUGCUCAGGAGCUGCUGGGCAGUUUCCAGAAGGUGACAGACAACAGUUUGUAGUUUGUGUGAAUCUUGAGGGUCUUUUUGCAUCAAUGCAGGAACUUUGUGCUUGAUUUUGACAAAACUAAGAACCAUCCAGAAGCAGAUGAUGUUUGCAGCAUCAGGUGACGAACACAUGGCUUACUCUAGUCAAAGACUCAAACCUACAUGAUGUUCCCGAAGGAGGAGUGUGGUGAGGGUCUAAAAUAACAGUUCUUAUAUGUGUGAAUGGUGCACCUCACUAGCUCUGUAUAGAAACUAACAGUAUUAAAUGUGAAGCAAACACUCACAAAUGUGCACUUUUCAAGAGAAAGCACUGUUUAAUUUUUUAAAACCAGUCAAUUUUUCACUCAGACAAGUUUUCAAGCAGGCACGUCCAGCUGAUUGUGGAGUUGAGCUAUAAACAUUGAUCGUUUGUUGAGAUAUGAAGUUUAUUUGACUGUUUUUGAAGAAAAUGAAGGCCUGUCAUGGAAUAAUACGAUGCUCAGAUUGUGAACUACAUGUAACAAGGUCAGUGUGUUUAUAAAGUCUAAACUCACAUCAGUAACACAAGCCAAGGAUACAUGUUGUAUUAAAAAAAAACAACAACAGAUAACUGAACUGAGAUGUCAUAUUGAAGUGAAGGUGUCCAUAAAACAUUUUCUACCACUUUGGAAAACUUUCAUAUACUAAUAUUUAUCAUAACAUACACUGAAAUGUGUUCUAUUUAAAUCUCCAGGGUCCCUGAAUGUUCAGAUUGUUGUCAAGUUCAGACAUCUUCACACUUUUUCAGUUAAAAGUUUGAUCUCUAGGGUGUAAUGUGUGACACCCCUGCAGCAUCUGAUUCUCCUGUUGAACUGACUCUUGUGUGUUUUGGUUCAUUACUGUGUGUUGUAUAAUUUUUAUUUAUCAUUUGUUUUUGUUGUGUUGCAUUUGGCAGUAAAAUAGUAAACAAUAUUUGUUCUUUUAA